GUGGUAUCAUGGCAUCAGUGGACAGCACUGGUUUGAUUGUCUCUGGACGGCUGAGAUCAGGGGAUCUACUUCAUGCUGGUCUGGCAGUUGCUUUGCUUCUCGGUGUAUGGAGUGUUGGUGGACUGGAGGUGUCCACAGGCAAAGUGAACUCAAUUGAAGCAUUGAAUGGCUCCACAGUCCUGCUACCCUGCACAUUCACCUCUUGUGUUGGCAUUAAAAACCUUUACUUCGACUGGCACUAUAAUGACAAUGGAACCAUGAUCAAGUUGUGCGAGGGGAAGAUUCCUGAUGACAAAAAGGAACCCAGUGCCAAUGUGUCCCAUAAGCGUUUGGAGUUUGUUGGCUCCUCAAAGAACAAAAACAUCUCCAUCCUGCUAUGGAACAUCACCUUUGAAGAUGAGGGAAAAUACAUCUGCUUCGCCAGAAACCCAAAAGAGAAUAAUCGCAACCACAGUGCUACAUUCACUCUUAAAGUGGUGGACCAAUUGAAAGAGGUUGACAAUACUUUGACAGUCAUCAUUGUCUCAGUGCUGGGUGGAGUCAUUGGCUUAGUUAUCAUUGUCAUGGUGAUAAAGUCCUUGGUGGUUCACACAGUGAGUACAUCCCUGACGAUGGUGAUAAAUAAUAAAGAGUGCCUGGUGAGCUCCUCAGGGAAUGACAAUACAGAAAAUGGACUUUCAGGAGCCAAAGCUGACAACAAAGGGACACCAAAGGCAUGA